UAGCAUCGGUACCUCUCUUACAAAAAUAAAAGUUUCCCCGGUAGAACCGUAGAAGCGGUUGAGGCGACCCAUUGCCAGCAUCAUUAAGGGUGAGUCUCACGAAUCAAUCUCGGUUUAUUGAUAUUCACUUAUGCGGAGUUUUACUCAGCUCCGCCCAACAGCCCAACUGUGAGACUGAUCACAUUUUUCUGUUCUUCACUUUAAUAAAAAUGGAUCUUCCAGGAGCAAUACAAUCCAAUUGUACCGGAAAAUUGCGUUUUAUGGUGUUGAAAAGCUCGAUUACUGAGAAACCCAUUGUUUCUGGGUACCUGAAGAACAUGGUCGUGGCUACUGGUUUACUUUCCGUGUCAUCAUAUCGGGUCGAGAGUUCGGAGAUUUUCCGUAUCAAAUUGCCAAAAGGCGGUGCCUUCUCCCCAUCCGGGUUCUCGAGAUCGUUUGUUAUCAGAGCGACGGGUAAGCAUGACGAUUCGUUCGCAGAAGAUAAUGGUUCUAAUGAAAUCAAUCCUUUUUCCGAAAACAACACCAAACGUGAUGGUGGCCAGAAUUCCUAUCACAAGUCCAUUGACUGGAGAGAUUUUAGAGCUUCUCUUUAUAUUCAGGAGCAGGCUGCCAUUGCCAUCUCUGACCCUCAAAAGCGCGAUGGAACUGCAUUUGGCUUUAAAUCUCUACCUCCAAAGUGGGCACACCCCAUUGCAGCCCCUGAGAAUGGUUGCCUCCUUGUUUCUACCGAAAAGCUUGAUAGCGUCCGCAGCUUUGAGAGAACAGUAGUUCUUCUUCUGAGAACUGGAACUAAUCGUCCCCAAGAGGGGCCCUUUGGCCUGAUCAUAAAUCGCCCACUUGGAAAAAAGAUGAAACACAUGAAGCCCACAAAUCUUGACUUGGCAACCACUUUUUCUGACUGCUCCUUGCAUUUUGGCGGGCCUCUUGAUGCAAGUAUGAUCUUGUUAAGAGCAGAAGGAAACUAUGAGCGUAUUCAGGGAUUUAAUGAGGUGAUUCCUGGCGUGUCCUUUGGUUCUCGAAACUGUCUGGAAGAAGCAUCUGCUCUAGUAAAGAAAGGGGAGCUUAAACCUCAAAAUUUUAGAUUCUUCUUAGGGUAUGCAGGCUGGCAGUUAGACCAAUUGAUGGAAGAGCUUGAAUUGGGUUAUUGGUGUGUUGCUGCAUGUAGUGCAAAUUUGAUAUUUGGGAGCUCUCCUUCUGAGAGUUUGUGGGAAGAGAUUUUACAGUUGAUGGGUGGCGAUUACUCUGAGAUAAGUCGCAAGCCUAGGAAAGACAUUUGAUGGCCCAGUCAUUAGUGGGGUUAGACUUUUUUCUAUUAUUGAUAAUAAUAAUAGUAAUAAUAAUUAAUAACUUUGUGGGGUUAUUGGGGUUAGACUUUUUGUAAUAACUUCGUUCUGAAAUGCAAUGUACAUAAUGUUAACAUCUGUCUCUAAAUAAGGUUAAUAGUGCACCCCUGUUUGUUACACUUUUUUGAGAAUAAUAUUAUGUUAUGUAGUUUUCAC